CUAUACAGCUGGCCUUCGGUGUCAAGACACUACGACAAAGUGUCUGGAGAGCAUAUGCUGGCGCUGAAUGACGUCCAGACAUCGAGAUAUAGUGUCUGGGCAAUAUUAUGCCUACAGGUCUGGAUAAAGUCGUCGAAGAGGUGGAGUUUGAGAAAUCCCACAUUGAGAAUACUUCAUUUGAGGAGAUAUUAGAGCAAAUCGGCAGCUAUGGGAAGUUCCAAAUACGCUUGAGCAUUGUCUUCUGUUGCCUGACACAAUUUUUUUCCUCAAUGUCUUCCUACGGCACGCUCAUUGCCCUUACAGUACCUGAACACUGGUGCCACGUUCCAGGAAGAGAAGGUACCAAUUCAACCAUAGAAAUGUGGAAGAAAGUGACAAUACCAAGGGAAGAAGAAGUGUACAGCAGUUGCGAGAUGAAGGUACCAAAUCGAACGAAUGAAACAACACCGUGUAUGUACGGAUGGGAAUAUGAUGACACUUGGUUUUCUGCAACUGCUGCUUCCCAGGAAGACUGGGUAUGCGAAAGAGAAAUGUAUCCUAACACCAUAUAUUCUGUCAGUCACUUUAUCUCCAUCGGUUUUGCUGUUCUGCUUUUCUGCGUUGGUGACAGAUUUGGCCGGAGGAUACAGUUUCUCAUGAGCAUGGGCAUGAUGGCAGUAUCCCGAUCACUGCUAACUGUUUCAGCGUCAGUCUUCCCACUGUACGUCGCUCUCUCAGCGGUGGCAGAGAGUCCAGGCAUGCCUAGCUCAGAAUCAGCUAUAGCCAUUGGAAUCGAACUUACUGGCAUCAAACAUCGCUCGCUCGUCAACUUUUUGGCAUUUGCCUUUUACUGUUUGGGAACAAUUUCUAUAGCGCUAGCAGCAUGGUUGUUACGAAACUGGCUUCAGUUUCUGUUGAUUCCAUCUGUCCCCUGCUUCAUUCCAUUGUUGCUACAUAGGUAUUUGCCAGAAUCUCCCAGAUGGCUGCUCGGUAAAGGGCGACCAGAGGAAGCUCUCAAGGUUCUGGAGAGUGUAGCAGCAACAAAUGGAAAGCCCCUGCCUUGUGACACAUGGAUGAGGCUUGCUUACCUGUCUGAGCAGAGGACUCCACGCAUGGACAUUAGAAGCAUCGUUACAAACAGGAACCUCUUUAAAAACACGGUUUUGUUGGUUAUUAGCAGGUCAGCGGGUUCUCUUGUCCUUUUCACUCUACUUUUCCACAAUAAAAGUUUUGGAGAGAAUCCUUUCGUUGCAUACAUUGGCCAGGGCGUGUUGAUGAUGGUUGCUUGCAUGCUGGCACACUUCGUUGGAAACCAUCUCGGCAGACGAUUUACGCACUGCCUGGCAUUACUGAUUGGCGCCAUUGUUUCUUUCAUUCUCGUGGCGCUGACAACAGUAUCUUCUGAACAAUGGCUCAUAACCAUUGGGUCUCUGAUGAUACAGUUCUUCUCCAGUUCGUCGUUAUUACUUACGAACUUACAGGGCAUGGAAAUACAUCCUACACGUUUACGCCAAACAUGCAUCGCCGUCGAAUAUUUAAUUGUCUCUUGCGUCAUGUGUGCAAAUCCGUACCUUUCAUACCUGGGAAACACUGCUGGACAGCAUUACCUAUUUGGGAUACUUGGCAUCGUGAUGCUUUUUACAUCAAUUCUGAUGUCAUUUUUACCAGAAUCAUUGAAUGAGAAGCUUCCAGAGACAAUGAAAGACGCAUCGCUCUAUGGUCGUGACCAGAAGUUCUGGAGUCUUCCUAGAAGCAAGCCCAGCAUACCAGAGACUGUUACACUCUACAAACCCGAUUUCUGAGCAUGUAUACUAAUUGAUAAUUACAAAGUACAGUGAUACAAAGUAGUCUACACUCUAGUACCAAACUUUCCUUUGCAAGAAAACUGGCAAAUGUAACAGAAUUUAUUGUAGAAACAGUAUAAAGUCAAGCAGUAAAGUAAAGACGG